AUGGCAUCUAAGAUAGAAUUUCCCGAGAUACGCUCCUCCCUUCUUACGGAAUGGCCAGAGAUAGGCCUGGAAACACCCCCGUCCUUGGUGGAACGAGAGAUGGCCUCGCUGGCGAAACGCGCAACAUCAUCAGACGACCUAGCACCUUGGGAGGUACUGUCAUGUGCUGCCAAGGCCCAGGUUACAUGCGAUCGUAGUAUCUGGCCUCGGGGCUCCAACGCCGGGAACUGCGUUGACGUCCUGAGCGUUCGACUCUGGACGUCCGGGCAUGACAAGCUUGUAAAGUGUUACUGUGAGAACAAACAAGUUCAAAAGCCUUGGUGGGACUGCUUCUACGAAGCCGCGGCAAAGUGUCCGGAUCAACGCAUAACUAUGGACAAAGUGUGGUAUCAAGAAUGGGUGUACCACCGCGUGUCAAGGCGCCGGAACUGCCUUGAUGACUUCAAACCCCACCCGCCGUGGGUCAAGAUCAACGACUACAUGAAGACGCAGUACAACAGAAGCGCGGAAUUACAGUACGCUCGUGACUGGUAA